AGUUCUGCCGAUUUUGGUUUUGGUCGGCCGGGUCGGCCCACGUCAAGAGCAUUGGUGGCAAAAAGCAAGAUUACUUUACUACGGCAAAAAGAAAUGCAGAGUAAUGCCUUCAUGUGGCAGCACUUUUACCCUAUCGAGUCGAUAUGGCAGUAGUUUACAUUUAAAAGUCUCGGAUGUCUGCUGCGGUUUUCCAUGUUUUCAUAGCUGGUUUCUUUCUUUUAUAUUUUUUCUGAGUGUUGCGGGUCGCCAUGUCGGCGGCGACAGGCGAGUCUCCGAAGAGCUCGCUCUCGUGCCCGGUGAUCUCGGCCUCUGUGACGAUCGACCAGCUGGACGGCAAAGGGAGCGUGCUGCGCUCUGCGCGUCACCCGACCGCCUCGCUGUCGCUGUGCCGCAGCGAGCAGCGCGAGCUGGUGCUGCUGCUGCAGACGGCGCGCCAGCACCAGAUCAAGGUGGUGCUCAAAGAGGUGACGCUGCACCGGCGCUUCCUGCGCGAGGGCAAGGCCACGCUGGUGGUGCGCGGCCAGCAGCUGCGGCUGCUCGUCUCGAACGCGCCGCCCGCGCAGCUGCUCACCUUCCUCCGCGUGCUGUCAGCCAAACUGGCGCUGCAGACAGCGGCGGGCCGGCCGACCUGCGUCCGGGACCGUCUUCUGCGGGCGCCGGCCGACCGCAGGCUGGACGAGGUCAGUCCGCUCACCGCCGACCAGCUGGGAAAGCUGCAGGGACAGCAGGCGGGCGGCCAGCAGCCACAGCAGGCGGGGCCGGCGCCACUCACGGCACGGGACACCAACGUACCGGCGGCGCCGCGGGCCGGGAAACGGCCGGCCGCCGCCUCCGGCGCCGAGAACCAGGCGAAGAGGCCGGCGAAGGUCCUGACCAUGAGUCAGUUCCUGAACCCGCUGCCCAUCACCAAGGAGCAGCGCGCCGUACUCGAGGUGGCCACCAGCAACAGGAACGUGUUUUUCACAGGCGGCGCCGGUACGGGCAAAUCGUUCCUGCUGCAGCGGAUCAUCUCUGCCCUGCCGCCGGAGAGCACCUGGGUGACGGCCAGCACGGGCGCCGCCGCCUGUCAGGUGCAGGGCGUCACGCUGCACUCGUUCGCCGGUCUGGGCCGCGGCACCGCCUCCCUGGAGCAGUGUGUCGAGCUGGCCUCCAGGCCGGGCGUGCUACAGCACUGGAAGCGCUGCAAACACCUUGUCAUAGACGAGAUCUCCAUGGUCGACGCCGACUUCUUCCAGAAACUGGAGUACGUGGCGCGGAUGGUGCGCGGCAGCACGGCUCCGUUCGGCGGCAUCCACCUGGUGUUGUGCGGCGACUUCCUCCAGCUGCCGCCGGUCGUCGCCAGGAGCGACAAACCCGGCUCGAGCGGCUCCUCGUCAGGCGGCGGCGGUGGCCGGUUCUGUUUCGAGUCGGAUGCCUGGACCCGCUGUAUAGAUGUGACGAUGGAGCUGCGGCAGAUACACCGGCAGGACGACCCCGAGUUCAUCCGCAUCCUGCAGAACGUCCGUGUCGGCAGGUGCACUGAGGAGGACGCCCGCCGCCUGGCCGCCACGGCCACCAACUCGAUGGAGCUGCCGGCCGGUAUCGCCGCCACCCGGCUCUGCACUCACCGGGCUGACGUGGACCAAAUCAACCAACACAAGCUGGCCGCCCUCACAGGUCUGGAGCGUCAGUACCUGGCGGAGGACUCUGUCGGCGCGUCCGCCACCGUGCUGGACACGCUGACUCCGGUGGCCGGCCGGCUGCGGCUGCGACCCGGCGCGCAGGUGAUGCUCGCCAAAAACCUGGACGUGCGCGCUGGCCUAGUGAACGGCGCGCGCGGGGUGGUGGUCGGCUUCAGCGCCGGCACGCCGUUCGGGGGACAGACAGAGCUACCCGAGGUGCAGUUUGCGUGCGGCGUGCGGCGCGUGCUCACCCCAGAGAGGUGGACGGCCCGCUCGUCCGGCGGAGCGGGUACCCUGUGUCGCCGGCAGCUGCCGCUGCGACUCGCCUGGGCCUUCUCCGUCCACAAGUCGCAGGGUAUGACGCUCGACUGUGUGGAGAUGGCCCUGUCGCGUUCCUUCGAGCCCGGCCAGGCCUACGUGGCUCUCUCGCGCGCCAGGAACCUGCGCUCGCUGCGCGUGCUCGACUUUACAGCGGCCUGCGUGCGCGCCCACCCGGCCGUGCUGAGGUUCUACGCCCGGCUCCAGUGUGUAUGACACGGACCGCGGGACUAGGUCAGUCUGGUGGCCAGUCAGGUGACUUAAGCAGAGGACCUGGAAAUCCCUGCUGGAGUCGAUGACCCAAGCCGUGGGUCUGAGGCGGUCUGGCUGCCAUGGCGGCUGACCGGUACCGACUGACCCGGUACGGCUUUAGGAUAAUUUUCGCUGGCGUCGUGACGCUACCGUCUCGUAGUUUUUGCGUGCUUAGUUUUCUCUCAUUCACUGUGAUCUUUGAUAUUUCCGGUAUCGUAGUCUUGCCAAACGCGAUCAAGCUCAGGAUUUUGAAACGAUUGUGCUGUAGCGAUAGAUAGUUUUUACUUAGAUCUCGGCUGAUCUCUCAAAGUUUGCAUUCCUAGGAGCUGAAGUGAUGCCGUCGCUCGUUGUUACCUCAGCUGUGUCGCUCUUCUUUAAUGUGUCGUACAGCAGCCGACGGGAUUGACUGUCGAUGUGUGCAUCUAGCGUCAUGUGAACGUGUAGCUACUGCGUGCUUCAACUACCACUUGGCACGAGUUCUCAGUAACAACGAAGUUCAUCGCUCAGGACGUAUCGCUCAGUGCUAAGACGCUGGAGCGUUGUAGCUUGCAUUUUUUUCAUGAGUGUGUUUUCCAAGCGUCAUGACCUUUUUAUCUCUCUGACUUUUUGUACGACCUUUCGACACAAAUAUAGUGCAUGGAACGCGCCUGUGCUCCGAUAAUGCCAAUCACUGCUGCGAUGCGUUAUUUCCGGUACGUCGGGAACCGGCGAUGGGAUCGGACUGCCUUAAUGACCGUGUUGGACAUGUCAUGUGCUGGCCAUUCACCAGUGGCCAAAGGCGAGUACCGUCCUUCGGCUACUUCAUUGCGGAACAGUGCCAAAUACUGAAUAUUUGUUGUUUUGGAUCUUUAUUUUCGUAUACAGUUAUUUAUAAAACAUUCAAACGCGUGCUAGUAUUGUCAUUCCGGUCGUCAUCCACACUGUGUUGACGUUUGGCGGUAUGUACGCCUAUUCUACAUCCAUUUGUCACCAAUGAUGGCGAAAGUUCUCAUUCAACUCUGAAAGGUCGCUGCUCAAUCGUCCGUUAAUAGAAGCUGAUGUUGAGGAAA